AUGACUCCCACCCUCAAGCUCCUCUUUGUGUAUGGGGUGAUUUUAGGUGGCUUGUUCAGAAAGACUGUUGCCACCACUGAAGUAUGGCAGCAGGUUAACCGCUUCCCACGAAACCCACUGCUGAGGGACCACUCCCCUGAACGAAAAGUGAUUGGCUCUGACGAUGGUCCCGUGAAAGUCUACAUCAAAGUACAUGAGAGCAGCCCGCGAAUUCUUUGCGCAACACCGCAGCUCAGGAACAUGGAGCUGAUGGACCCCAACUUCAGUUGGAAAGGACCAAGGGGGAUGCAACUUUCUAAUAGACCAGAUGUAAAAAUAUCACUGACAGGGACACUGACCAUUGAAAACUUCCACAAGGAAUUAUCAGGAGUAUAUGUAUGCACUAUUUAUUUCUACAGUCCUAGUACAAAAUCCUUGCAGUCCUUGAAUCUUAAGUAUUUCUUGUACGCUUACCGGGACCCCGACUAUACCUAUGAAUUUCAGGCUCAGUAUCAUGCAGCUGACUGCCACAAUGCAUACAAUAGCCUCUUCUUAAAGAGGUUGCAUACAGCUUUGAACCAGCUGACCUCAGACUUGGCCUAUACAAUUAGUAUACAUAAGUCAACCUGCCACACUCUCAAAGUGCCCUUGGCCGGCAUACAGUACGAGCUGUUCCUCACCCUCAAGUUGCACCUUGACGUGGAAGAGUUGGACAGUAUCUGCGAAAACAACUUAGAGGAGUGCGAUCACAACCUCCGGCUAGAGAAGGUGCGGCACCGGGUGGAGGCCUUCUUCGCCAAGCAAGCGGAAACGUACCAUGAGAUCUUUGGCCUGCUACCUUUUGUCUACUACAUUGACGGGACGCUGCAAGUGAUUCGUGUUGACCGCUGCAAGCCCGGCUUUGGCAAGGACCACAAGAAACACUCAAGCUGCCCAGAGUGCUGCGUGGUGUGUAGCCCGGGCUCCUAUAGUAGUGGCCGUCAUGUGAGCUGCUUGCCCUGCAGUGAAGCCAUCCAUUAUGGAGAGUCAGACUGUGACAUUGAGUGA